AGAAAUAAAAUAUAAGCAGGUUAUAAGACGUCGAGAUUCUCGAGAAAGAAACAUAAAACCAUCAAAUCUUUAAAAAUUCAUUCAGCUGCUUAAGGAUAUAUUUUCCUUGGUUUUUAAUAUUCUAGCUCUGUUUUCUCUUACAAUCAUCUACCUUUAAGUACAGAGACCCAGUUCAAAUAAACAUUAUGUCCUAAGCACCCCUGUUCUGAGAAAAAGUUAUGGCGGAAAAGGGUGAGCAGACUGUAAAACGUGUGUGUGUGACUGGAGCAGCCGGUUACAUAGGAUCAUGGCUGGUCAAAAAUCUUCUUCAAAAGGGUUACACAGUGAAUGCCACUCUCAGAGAUCCAGGAAACGAAAAAAAAUCUGGGCCUUUGUUAGAUCUGGCAGGAGCAGAGGAGAGGCUUAAGCUCUUCCAAGCUGAUCUACUGAAAGAGGGAAGCUUUGAUUCUGCAGUGGAAGGUUGUGAAGGAGUUUUUCAUGUAGCUGGUCCUAUGGGUGUUAGAGCUUCACCGGAAGAUUACAUUGUGCCUGCUGUAAAUGGCGUACUUAAUGUGAUGAAAGCAUGCACAAGAGCUAAGUCUGUUAGGAGAGUGAUUUUCACUUCAUCUGUUUGUGCUAUUUGUCCAUUGAAUGACAAGGGGGAAUUAGAUCAUUCAUGUAUUGAUGAAUCAUGUUGGAGUCCUCUAAAUUUCCUUAAAUCACAACCAAAUGCUUUGUCUUGGUAUAUGACUGCCAAGACAUUAGCAGAACAAGAGGCCUUCAAUUAUGGUGCUGAAAACAAUCUUGAGGUGAUCACAGUACAAUCAGCUUUUGUCAUUGGGCCUUGGAUUACAGCUACACAUGAGUUAACAUCUGUCCAAGUAAUUUCAGCUCUAAUUGGAGACAAUGAUAUAAACUAUCAAGUACUAAAGUAUAUGCAAUUCACAUUGGGCUCCAUACCAAUAGUUCAUAUAGAGGAUGUAUCCAAUGCCCACAUUUUUUUGAUGGAGCAUCCAAGUGCACAAGGUCGUCAUAUUUGUUCUGUUGAUUCUGCAACUAUCAAGUCUCUCAAAGAUUUGCUUUCCAAACAAUUAAAGACUUCACUUAAGUUGUAUGAGGAGGACUCCAUUAAUAGAUAUGUACCAUUUUCUUCCAAAAAAUUAUUGGAUAUGGGCUUCUCUUACAAAUAUAGUUUGGAGCAUACUUUUGAAGAAGGUAUAGAAUGUUGUAAGAAAAAUAAGAUUCUGAAUUAAUAAUUUAAGGCAUCUCAAUCUAUUUUCCAAAAUAGAUUUACUUAACCACAAACAUCUGUAUCAUAUACAAAUUCUAAUUGUAUAAACUUUGAAUUUGUAAUUCUCUCGGAUUAAUAAAACCUUAAUGUAUU